AUUGACGUCACCAUGUAAUCAGCAUUUGAGCAUUGGAAAAAUCACUUUUCUUAUCUGCCAUUUCUUUCACAUCUCUGUCUGCUUUUGGUCGACCUCUACUGGGAAAGGUCAAAGUUUUUCCAAAUUUGAAGAGGUUAAAAGUUAAACUAUAAAUUCAAAAAUGUUUUCCAGAAUUGUAAGACCAACUGUAGUAGCAACUAGAAGCUUCAGCACAUCAAAACAGAACAACUUCAAAGUAGCAGUAUGUGGAGCCUCUGGCGGUAUUGGUCAACCCCUUUCUUUGCUCUUGAAGAUCAACCCUUUGGUCAGCCAGUUGUCUCUGUACGAUCUUGUACACACUCCUGGAGUAGCUGCUGAUUUGUCUCACAUUGAGACCGCAGCUAAAGUAAAGGGAUUCAAUGGUCCUGAAUGUCUUAAGGAUGCUUUGAAAGGCGCCGACGUAAUUAUUAUUCCAGCUGGUGUACCCAGGAAACCUGGUAUGACCAGAGACGAUCUGUUCAACACAAACGCCGGAAUUGUAAAAGCGUUGGCCGAAUGCGCAGCUGAAGUAGCGCCAUGUGCGCUUAUUGGUAUCAUUACCAACCCUGUCAACUCCGCUGUCCCUAUUGCCUGUGAAGUACUCAAAAAGGCUGGUAAACUUGACCCCAAACGUGUGUUUGGUAUCUCCACCUUGGACAUCGUCCGUGCCAACACCUUCAUCGCAGAAGCCAAAGGACUUAACCCCAAAGACGUUAACAUUCCCGUCAUCGGAGGUCACUCUGGCGUCACCAUCAUUCCCCUAAUCUCCAGAGCCACUCCUUCAGUAUCAUUCCCCGCUGACCAACUUCAAGCUUUGACCGUAAGGAUACAAGAAGCUGGUACUGAGGUAGUAAAAGCCAAAGCUGGAGCAGGAUCCGCAACCCUCUCCAUGGCAUACGCCGGUGCCAGAUUCGCCAACUCCCUCCUCAGAGGUCUCAAAGGAGAACCAAACGUCAUCGAACCAGCCUACGUCCAAUCAGACGUUACCGAAGCCUCUUAUUUCUCCACACCUCUAGUCUUAGGCAAGAACGGACUCGAGAAGAACUUGGGUCUUGGAAAACUCAGCGAUUUCGAACAAGAUUUGCUCAAGAAAGCACUUCCAGAACUUAAGAAGAACAUCGAAGCUGGUGUCAAGUUCGCCAACCAAUAGAAUAACAUCUAAUGUUAAAUUUAUGUUUAUUUUUUGUUCUUUUUGUAUUAUUUUUUCAGUAAAGUAAAGGGUUUUCUAGUCGUUCGUGUAACGGACAAUUUUUUAUAGCCAAAAUUAACAACUGUAUAAGAAGUAGAAAUCUGUCAUCUGCAUUUCUGAAAUAAAUAAUUGUUUUUA